GUUAGGGCUGGGGGGCCCCCGAAGUUUCUUUAGUUAGUGGUCGGCCAGGUCUCUCUCAGUUUAGAGAUAAGAUAGCCCUAAUUCCUACGGUUUGAAGGAUGAGUGAGUGUUUCCUUCAUUUGGGGAAAGCGGUGAAAAGGGUUCCUUUCAGUUGGGGCGAAAAGUGAGAAUAGCUUUCACCCAGUUUGAAGAGGUGGGAUCAGUUCCCUUUAGUUGUGGGAAGAAGAGCGACGGAUGCAAAGAAUGGCAUGAGUCAGCUUGAGGGGGCAGGUAGAACAUGUUCCCCUCAGUUUGGGGGAAGAAGUGGGAUGGGUGCCCCUCAGUUUGAAUGAAAAGUGGAGAUUAUUUUUCUCUGUUUGGGGCGAGAUAAGCUGAAUGCCUCUCAGAUUUGGGGAAAAAGUUGGGUGGAACCUGCCUAAUUUGAAGAGAAUCAAUAGGCUGAGUUUUCCAUAGGUUCCCUUCAGCUUUAUGGAAAAGGUAUCGGAGCCCGGAUUGGGGGGAGCGAGCCCCACGUGCCUGUGACGCGGGGGCGCCCGGUAGGCGGCGGCGGCGACGGCGACGCUGGGCCGGCGGCGGUGCUGAGCCGGGAGGGCGGCUGGGCGGGCGGCAGGAUGCUGCGUGCUGCACUGCCCCUGCUCGCGCUGCCCCUGGCGGGGGCGGCCGAAGAGCCCCCCCAGAAGCCGGGGUCCCCGGGCGAACUUCCCCCAGGCUUGGUGCUUUUCCGCUGGCAGUGGCAUGAGGUCGAGGCGCCCUACCUGGUAGCCCUGUGGAUCCUGGUGGCCAGCCUGGCCAAAAUCGUGUUUCAUCUGUCUCGGAAAGUAACGUCUCUGGUCCCUGAGAGCUGCUUGCUGAUUUUGCUGGGCCUGGUGCUGGGGGGCAUUGUGUUGGCUGUGGCCAAGAAAGCUGAGUACCAGCUGGAGCCAGGCACCUUCUUCCUCUUCCUGCUGCCUCCUAUCGUGCUGGACUCAGGCUAUUUCAUGCCUAGCCGGCUGUUCUUUGACAACUUGGGUGCCAUCCUCACCUAUGCUGUGGUGGGCACACUCUGGAAUGCCUUCACAACAGGCGCUGCCCUCUGGGGCCUACAGCAGGCUGGACUUGUGGCCCCUAAGGUGCAGGCUGGCUUCCUGGACUUCCUGCUGUUUGGGAGCCUCAUCUCAGCCGUGGACCCUGUGGCCGUGCUGGCUGUGUUUGAGGAAGUGCACGUCAAUGAGACUCUCUUUAUCAUCGUCUUUGGCGAGUCCCUGCUCAACGAUGCAGUCACUGUGGUGCUGUACAAGGUCUGCAACUCCUUUGUGGAGAUGGGCUCUGCCAACGUACAGGCCACUGACUACUUGAAGGGAGUCGCGGGUCCGCAUCAUCGAGCCGCUGCUGGUCUUCCUCCUCGCCUAUGCAGCCUACCUCACUGCUGAAAUGGCCUCACUCUCCGCCAUUCUUGCGGUGACCAUGUGUGGCCUGGGCUGUAAGAAGUAUGUGGAGGCCAACAUCUCCCAUAAGUCACGUACAGCUGUCAAAUACACAAUGAAGACUCUAGCCAGCUGUGCUGAGACCAUCAUCUUCAUGCUGCUUGGCAUCUCAGCUGUAGACUCUUCUAAGUGGGCCUGGGACUCUGGGCUGGUGCUGGGCACCCUCAUCUUCAUCCUGUUCUUCCGAGCCCUCGGCGUAGUCCUGCAGACGUGGGUGCUGAAUCAGGUCCGGCUGGUCCCUCUGGACAAGAUUGACCAGGUGGUGAUGUCCUAUGGGGGCCUGCGGGGGGCUGUGGCCUUUGCUCUCGUCAUCCUACUGGACAGGACCAAGGUCCCUGCCAAGGACUACUUUGUGGCCACCACUAUUGUGGUGGUCUUCUUCACAGUCAUCGUGCAGGGCUUGACCAUCAAGCCGCUGGUCAAGUGGCUGAAGGUGAAGAGAAGUGAGCAUCACAAACCCACCCUGAACCAGGAGCUGCAUGAGCACACUUUUGACCACAUUCUGGCUGCAGUGGAGGACGUUGUGGGGCACCAUGGCUACCACUACUGGAGGGACAGGUGGGAGCAGUUUGACAAGAAGUACCUGAGUCAGCUGCUGAUGCGGCGGUCAGCCUACCGCAUCCGGGACGAGAUCUGGGAUGUGUACUACAGACUCAACAUCCGGGAUGCCAUCAGCUUUGUGGACCAGGGUGGCCACGUCUUGUCUUCUGCAGGUCUUACACUGCCCUCUAUGCCCAGCCGUAAUUCUGUGGCAGAGACUUCUGUCACCAACUUGCUGAGGGAGAGUGGCAGUGGAGCGUGUCUGGAUCUGCAGGUGAUUGACACAGUACGCAGCGGCCGGGACCGUGAGGAUGCUGUGAUGCAUCAUCUGCUCUGUGGAGGCCUCUACAAGCCACGCCGCAGGUACAAAGCCAGCUGCAGCCGCCACUUCAUCUCAGAGGAUGCACAGGAGCGGCAGGACAAGGAGAUCUUCCAGCAGAACAUGAAGCGGCGGCUAGAGUCCUUUAAGUCCACCAAGCACAACAUCUGCUUCACCAAGAGCAAGCCACGACUUCGCAAGACUGGCCGCAGGAAGAAGGAUGGUGUGGCUAAUGCUGAGGCUACAAAUGGGAAACCUCCUCGACACCUGGGCUUUCAGGACACAGCUGCUGUGAUACUGACUGUGGAGUCUGACAAGGAAGAAGAGAGUGACAGUUCAGAGACUGAGAAGGAGGACGACGAGGGGAUCAUCUUUGUGGCUCGGGCAACCAGUGAGGUUCUCCAAGAGGGCAAGAUCUCAGGAAGCCUUGAGGUGUGCCCAAGCCCACGCAUCAUCCCCCCAUCCCCAACCUGUGCAGAGAAGGAGUUACCCUGGAAGAGCGGCCAUGGGGACCUGGCAGUGUACGUGUCUUCAGAAACCACGAAGAUUGUGCCUGUGGACAUGCAGACAGGCUGGAACCAGAGCAUGUCAUCCCUGGAGAGCCUGGCAUCCCCUCCCUGCACCCAGGCCCCAACUCUGACCCGCCUGCCUCCCCACCCUCUGGGUGCUGAAGAACCCCAGGUCCCUCUCCACCUGCCUUCUGAUCCAUGCCCUAGCUUCGCCUUUCCCCCGAGCCUGGCCAAGGCUGGCCGCUCCCACAGUGAGAGCAGUGCUGACAUCCCCCAGCAGCAGGAGCUGCAGCCCCUUAUGGGCCACAAGAACCGCACCCAUCUUAGCCCGGGCACUGCUAACUCCCACUGGUGCAUCCAGUUCAACAGAAGUGGCCGGCUGUAGCCCAGGGCCUCGGGGAGAAGCAGGAGGUGGAGCCCCUGUGGGAAAUGCUCCCUGGGCAAUGGGCAGAAGAGCCCGUUCAGCUUGCCAUGGGGCUAGCAGGGCCUGGACUGAAGUAGCAACUGAGCUUUCUUGGGACUGGUCAGAGGGGUCUCCUGAGCUGGUCCUCAUAGGGACCCUUCUCACCACCCUCCCUGCUCCCAACCCCUGCCACCUUCUGUGUCAAUAAGGCUCCUACUCUGGCUCAGGACCCAGUCCGGGACUUCUAGGGCUGAGGCCCAGACAUUUGGGUAGCUGAUGCCCCUUCCCCAGUGGGCCUUUCUGGGGUUACCAUAGGCAGCUGUCCCUGCGCCCAAAGCAAGGGCAUCAUUCCUUAGUGGACACUGGCCUUCCCUACCUUCUACCCCCACCUCAGCACUGGCUCAGGGACAGUGUCCUGACAGUGAGGCUCAGUGAGGGGCUGGUCCUCAGAGGGACUGGGGUGGGAGGCAGGGCAGGCCCCAACCUUGGGCUCUGCUGCCCUGUUGGGUUAGUUACCCACAGUUCAUUUUUUUUAGGGCAGUGGGAAUCUCUGCCUCCACUUCUUGCUUAGCCCUUUCCCUUUGCUGCCAGAUAUUGGGGUAAUAGUUCCCCUUUCCCAGGACCAAGGCCAGGGGGCUGGGCCAGGUUCCAGUUCAGAACUGCUUCUUAGUCAGGGUCACUCUGGGGAUCUGCUGCUCUGGGUCCAAAUCUGGACCUUUCUGAUCCUUGGGUCUGGGUUUUCUGAGGAGGGGACACAGUGGCCUCUGGGCUCCCAUGUCACCACCUCAACAUUCCCCAAGCAGGGAAGGAACCAGGUAUCCCAGGGCCACUGCUCCAUUGCUCUGGAGGCUGGGAAGCCUAGCUGCAGUGGUGAGGAGGGGGCUGACUGGGUGGCAGGUGACUUUCCAGUGUUUUGUACCUUGAACCUAAGAUACAUUAAACAUCUUUCAGAUGGA